AACAAUGUCUGAAUUCAUCGCUGUGUCAGCCAUCAAGAACUACCUGACCGAGUGCCCAAUCUGCAAUGAACAGUUUGAUGAGGCCUCCCAUCUCCCCCGCCGAAUGACAUGAUGUGUACAGUGCAUAUGUCAUGACUGUCUCCAGAAGAUCUACAAGGAAACAGACAAGACGUUGCUUUGUCCAAUCAGUCGCCACAAUCAUCAUCUUCCUAAUGGAGUCGAGUCUCUUCCAAGUGAACCUCUCAUUCUGAAAAUCCUUGAUGAUCUGAAGAUCCACAAAGGUCUCCGCUUGCCAUGUACAGAUUGUCCGGACAACAACGAGGCUGUGGCCAGAUGUUAUGACUUCUGUGUGUUCAUGUGCACAGAGUGUAAAACUUCACAUGACCGACACAGAUUAUCUAGACUCCACACGACAGUUACCUUUGAGGAGAUGAAAGGCCGACCUGUCCAGAGCUUUCGUCGUUUACAUGAAUGUAGUCAGCAUCAACAGCCACGGCAAUUUUACUGCUACACUUGUGACAAGAUCAUAUGCGUGUCCUGCACUGUGCUGGACCACGAUAAAGGGAAGGGACAUAAGGUUGUAUCUGUGGCCGAGGCACACCAGGACAAGGCACAGUCUACUGAUGACACUUUGGCCAGACUCGAAGUGAAGACAAACAAGCUCUCAGAAACAGAAACGGAACUGACGAAAAUAUUUCAAACCAUCAUGGUAUCAACAGAAGCUGCUAAGCAGGACAUCAAUCAGACUUUUGACAACCUGAUUGAUAACAUACAGGAAAGAAGAGCCAUUCUGUUGUCAGAUGUUGAGCAGAAAUCCACCAAAUCACGUAAACUAACAGAAGAGGCCAAGGAGUCAACCCGAACAUUGCUGACUAAACUAAAGUCUUCCACUGUAUAUACAAAACAGAUGAGGGGGAAGGCUGACCAGAUAGAGGAUCUACAACUGAUGUUGUCUUCUGCCGACUCCUUGAACACCUUGUUGGAAGAGUCGGCAAAGGAAGUUGGGCUCUUCAGAACAGGUGUCAGUUUUGUCCGAGCCAACUUCAACCACCUCAUCACUUCCGUUAAGUCGACAGGAUUGGUCAGGUCUGUCACAUUCUCCCCAACACAGAGGCCGAGCUAUGUGCCAGAGGCUGAAAUGUAUAACACCAUCACCCUGGAACCUGCAGAGUUACCUGAAGUGGCUGACGUAGACGAAAGAAUUUCUGGAAAUGAAGAACAGGUUACAUGUCCGACCCUGCAGUGGGACUCCAACACAGCCAGCUAUGACGUCACUACAUCAGGAUCUGUACUCACUAACACCAGGCCAGAUCCUCCUCAACCAGACACCGGAUGUCGGAUACAUUCAGGGAAACGUGUACUGGCGUCACGGCCUCUGGUCAUCAGGCGAGGUCAGCGAUGCAUGUUUCCUGUUAAGUGUCGAUUCCCAAUGAAGCAGAUGAAAGAGGAAAAUCACAUGGUAGCUGAGACAGCACUGACCCCCUCCCCUGUAGAUACUCGCAGGAGUCAACCUAUUGGACUGAGUGUACAUGUUGUAACAUGCACCUAGCACAAGUCGCAGCUGUGUCUCAAUGUGAGAUAUAACGACAAACUCCUCACUGACUUCCCACUUUGCAAGAACCAGAUUGGAGAGUCGAAUGAUUUACACUUGUGUUUCUUCCUGAACGGUACAAAGGAGAAAAUCUACGUUGUUGGUGUUGUUGCAGUCAAAGUUAUCUACACAGUCAAUGAUGCUGCUUUUGACAUGCCACUGUGGGUCAUGAUGUACGCAGGUCAUAUCAGCCAUUCAGACAUGAGAGGAGAACUGAUAUCCGGCCACGAUAUGACUGUGUCGGACGGGAUGUCUCGACUGUUGUUGUCACUUGACUAAAACUACCACAUGUCAACACACACCGCAACAAAUCAGAACAGGAAAUAACGUGUCGUACAUGUGACAUACGACAUAAAAGUAAAAUACACCGACUGCAUGUGACACACCACAGAAAGUAAAGUAUACUGACCUCACGUGGCACACGACAGGAAGUAAAAUAUACUGACUGCACGUGGCACAUGGCAGAAAGUAAAGUAUACUGACUGCACGUGGCACACGACUAGAAGUAAAAUAUACCGACUGCAUGUGACACACUACAGAAAGUAAAGUAUACUGACUGCACGUGGCACACGACAGGAAGUAAAAUAUACCGACUGCAUAUGACACACUACGGAAAAUAAAGUAUACUUACUCAUGUGACACACUACAGAAAGUAAAGUAUACCGACUGCACGUGGCACACGACAGGACGUAGAAUAUACUGACUGCAUGUGACACACUACAGGAAAGUAAAGUAUACUGACUGCACGUGGCACAUGACAGGAAGUAAAGUAUACUGACUGCACGUGGCACACGACAGGAAGUAAAAUAUACCGACUGCAUGUGACACACUACAGAAAGUAAAGUAUACUGACUGCGCGUGGCACACGACAGGAAGUAAAGCAUACCGACUGCAUGUACCACACUACAGAAAGUAAAGUAUACUGACAGCACGUGGCACAUGACAGGAAGUAAAGUAUACCGACUGCACGUGGCACACGACAGGAAGUAAAAUAUACUGACUGCAUGUACCACACUACAGAAAGUAAAGUAUACUGACUGCACGUGGCACACGACAGGAAAUAAAAUAUACCGACUGCAUGUACCACACUACAGAAAGUAAAGUAUACUGACAUCACGUGGCACACGACAGGAAGUAAAAUAUACCGACUGCAUGUACCACACGACAGAAAGUAAAGUAUACUGACUGCACGUGGCACACGACAGAAAGUAAAGUAUACCGACUGCAUAUGACACACGACAGGAAGUAAAAUAUACCGACUGCAUGUACCACACUACAGAAAGUAAAGUAUACUGACCUCACGUGACACACUACAGAAAGUAAAGUAUACUGACUGCACGUGGCACACGACAGGAAGUAAAGGAUACCGACUGCAUAUGACACACUACAGAAAGUAAAAUAUACCGACUGCAUGUGACACACUACAGAAAGUAACGUAUACUGACUGCACGUGGCGCACGACAGGAAGUAAAGUAUACCGACUGCAUAUGACACACUACAGAAAGUAAAGUAUACUGACUGCAUGUGACACACUACAGAAAGUAAAGUAUACUGACUGCACGUGGCGCACGACAGGAAGUAAAGUAUACCGACUGCAUAUGACACACUACAGAAAGUAAAGUAUACUGACUGCAUGUGACACACUACAGAAAGUAAAGUAUACCCACUGCAUAUGACACACUACAGAAAGUAAAGUAUACUGACUGCACGUGGCACACGACAGGAAGUAAAAUAUACCGACUGCAUGUACCACACUACAGAAAGUAAAGUAUACUGACUGUAUGUGACACACGACAGGAAGUAAAAUAUACUGACUGCACGUGGCACACGACAAGAAGUAAAAUAUACUGACUGCAUGUGACACAAUACAGAAAGUAAAGUAUACCGACUGCAUGUGUCAGGGUGUUUAUGGCGUAGGAUCCGCUCAGUGUAGGUAUGAAGAGAUGCCGAAAUAUUUAGAGAAAUAUAUGCCCUUGGACGUGGUUCACUCACUACAUGUGUUAUUGGCAUUUGAUAUAUUUAGUGCCAUCGUUAAAAUAUGUCUAGCAUGUCUAUUUAUUUCAAUAUCCAACGGAUAGGAAUGGGUUAUCUUAGGUCAGCUAACACCUGCCAUCUGACAUGAUGUAAGAUGAUUUUAAUAGCAUCUAGUAGAUUCGGUAUUUCAGUGUAUAUGAGUAGACACUCAAUUGAAUGGAGAUUUAUGAAGCAAAUCUUUCUAUAUAUAUAGGUUAUAUAAUGGGGUUUUUUCAUUAAAUUAUCAGUGAGAAUAGUUGUUAAGCAAUUAAGAUAUUAACUGAACCACAUUGCAACUAAAUGCAAUUCUGGCUACUAUGUUUAAUAUGAAUGGAUAUUGUUGAGGUCAGUGAGGUCAUUAUUUUGACUGUUCAUUUUUAGACUGAAGUCCUAACUAGAGACACGUAAAAAAACGUGUCAGAAUAGGUCUUCAGCAACCCAUGUGUGCCGUAAAAGGUGACUAUGCUUGUCGUAAGAGGCGACUAACGGGAUCGGGUUGUCAUGCUCG